AUGGCCGCUCUCUCUCUCUCCGAUGGUCGUCUCCACGACGUCUUUUUAGUUACACUUAUAGCUUGGCGCUUCGGAAUAUACCAUCGGCUCAUAGACAUUGAACUUUCAUUCACUUCUUUCGAUGCAGUCGGUACCACAGCUCUGUCUAUCCUGCCAAAGACGACUUCUGGUGGGGACGACUACUUGCUCGCGCGGUACACAGACUAUCUGGACACCCGUAGACAGCCUUGGGAGACACGCAAGGUGGCACAGUUGUUCGUCAGCUACACUCUUGGCCCUCUGAGUGUCCUUGUGCCUCUCGCACAAAUGGUGACUUGCUGCAAACUGAUGAUCUUUGCCUUUAACGAUUCGUAA